GUCCUCGGCAAUGGCGCCACGCAGCUGACAUCUCAAUAAAAACGCAAGGUGACCGCCCUGCCACUUGCCACAAGUUGCGCCGCACUGAAGCAGGACAUGGGUUCCAAGGCUGAAUGUGUGGUGCUGUUGCUGGUGACAGCUCUGGUGGCGGAGGACGUUCAGGCAAUCACCCGCCAGGACGUGCGUGACUUCUUGGGUAACCGCGCUUUUAUGAGUAGUUUAUUUUCCUGUCUCAUGAAUUACGGGCGAUGCAGCUACAUCACACAGAAAAUAAAAGAUAACACACACAACGCGUUGCAUGGUCGGUGCCGCGGCUGCUCGCAUGACGAGCGGAACCUCAUGAUGUGGGCCAUCAAGAUGGCGCGCCGCAGUUACCCGAAAGAGUUCCGGAAGGUGUGGCGCCGAUACUACUAGUGGGUAGUACGAAGAUGACACAAUCAAUACUAGUUAUUAUCUCGUGUUACCUGAGAGACCAAAGUUACCGCCUUACGAGUCUACAGUGACGGAGAUGGAAAGCGUUACAGCAUAAAGAGCCUUUCCAAUAUUUGUCAAAAUUUGCGGAGAGGUUCAUCGUACAAGACUAAUAAAGAUUAAAGAUUCAUUUUUUUCGAAAA